UUUUUGAGAAUGUUUGAUGAGUUCUCUAGUCUCUUCUUAUAGAUCCAUUGAAGCACAUGUUGCAAUAUGGUGAAAAUAGGACGACCCGUGAAAAAUUAUGGCCUUACAAAAGUUCAGGCACGCAAAUUGGCAAAAGAUGGUGGAAGUAUACAAAAACAUCUCAACAAAAUUUUGAUGGAAGACAAGAAAUCGAAAAACGAGGAAUCAAUCGGUAGAAAUUCAGAAUUUCUAAUGGACAAUCAUGGCGAUAGUUGUCGCGCCCUUGCGAUACGUCCACGAGAAGAAAUUGGCCAGGGAGAACCAUGCGGCGUUUUGAUGACUCAAACAGCUUCGCCAAAGACUAUUACAGGAACGGAGGUUGUACCGGCAAAAUCAACGUGCGGAGGAAAUCUUCCUGCUCCCAAAUAUUCUUCAGCAAUCUCAUAUCCCGACCUUCUUGAACGAGCGAUUGCGGAAGCAGAGAUUGUUGUUGGAAAAUGGAUACUUGUUACAAGCAAACAAAAAUAUCCUGCGUCGAAUAAAAGUAGCAUGGCAUCUGUUGCCAAUGCACUGAAGUUUCACCUGCAGGAAGCUCUAGAGUCGACGAGAAACAUCAGAUAUACUGAGCUUCAACUCAUCAUGGCAAAAAAGAAAUCCAAAAGAGGUUUCAAGAGUCCUAACAACCUCGGCCUGUCUUUCGUUCGACAUACAGUGGAUACAAAUCCAGAAUUAAUGGUUCGAAUGACACACGCCAUUAUAUACGCAACUAAUAGAUUGAAACAGGAACUUCAUUGGGUUUCAAAUGGAAGAGUUUGCAACAAAAAUACAACAAAAUGUGAUUUUCUCCCCAUACCACCUUUAGUAUUAGACCUCCGGUUGGCGAGAAGCGCCAUAUCAACGAACUUGAAAUCGACAGCUAUCAAAGUUGACAUAUCAAUUGUCCAAAGAGAAUGUAUUGCGUCUACCGAGUUGAAAUUGCCAGGCAUCUCUUCUGCGGUGUUGGAGUUCGAUGUCAAGGCGAUUGAUGACGAAUCCCCAAGAGAAAGAUUGCAACGAAAAAUGUCUGAGCACGGAUUUGAUCAGAAAGAGGGUAAUAAGUCAAAAAACACGGAAAACUUGACAGUGAUAGUGGCUUCCGUUUUGCAAGCUAUACAGAAAAAGAGUCGACGAGAAAUGUAUGAGGUUAUGCCAAGGACCGAGAGACGCACAGCCAUGCGACACGAUUUGAUAGUCAGAUUACGCCCGAACUUUCUUCUACCAAAGUUAAUACGCCAUAUUCACACCGGGCUACCGCUACACAUUGCUGGUAUACCACGUGAUAUGGAAGAUUUGAUUAUGACAUCAGUUGCUCUGAAUGGAAAACAACAUGUUUUACUUUUUGUCAAGAAUGUUGCUGCGGAGUUUUUAGGUUCAGAUUUGGAAGCAUUUCGUGCUCGACAACAAUAUUAUUUUAUGUGGUCUUGCCUGUUCAACAAAACAAGAGCGAAGUUGUUUAAUACCUGGCUUAGGUUUACACUGAUAUUUAGCAGCGGAUCUGAUCAAAUUGAUUCAGUCAUCUUGCGGGCUCGGGAAGACUGUCGUUGUACGGUAGAACGAAUACUAAAUAAAUUUCAAUUGCUGAUACGUAGAAAUAAACCUGACAAGAAUCGAUCUGAUGUGGUCAAAAUUUUACAACGGUACUUUAGGAAAGUGGAGAAAACCUUUGAACAAUAUGGAAAAACCAUAGCUGGAAAUAUAUUGUCUGGACUUGCGAAUGAAGUUGAAACACAGACCACCAACAGUACACGUCAACCACACCGCAAUAUGCAGAUGAGGAUGAUGGUAGCGGCAUCUGGUUUUCAACAUCUGCAGAGUAGAUUGUUUCAUAUGGCCGAUGAUAUUAUACGGAAAGCAGAAAUGCGUUCUUCGCCCGACGAAAAGUUAUUUAUAACUUCAAUAAAAAGCCUAAUUUUUUUGGUAAUUCAACGUUCUACAAUCAAAAUUGUGAGGUCAAUGGGAGAAAUGUUUAAACAACAAAUGUGUGUGAAAGAAAAUUCCGAAAAUUCAAAUGAAAUUGUCAAUGAUAAUAUUGAUAACUAAAUCGAAAUGGCGGAUUAUGUUUCCAAGAUGUGAUUCUAUAAUGUACUUAAUAAUACGAUGUUUAACUGCAUAUGUUGAUUUAACUUUCUAUUUAUAUAUAUAUACAAUACAUGUGUAAUAUUUAUUUCAACCUUUAUUCAAGUUAUAUAUAGGAUAUUCUUUCCAUAACUUCUAAUCUGCUUAUUCAUAUUUUUGUCUCCCAAUGUUAAUAAAUUGGAUACCCGAGUUUAAGAACUUUUUAAUAAGUUCUAUUUUCACCCCAGUAGAAGCUUUAACUGCAACUAAAGUAUCUACCUAGUGUAUUGGAUAUUUCGUACACACUGCUACGUUUUUUUAUUUUUUAUCUAGAAAGGAGCUUGUAAUUAUUUGCAUUAGGUAUAUCAGAAUAUCCUUCGAGACGAUUCGAAGUGAUUUUCCU